AAGAUCCUUCCGCCCGUCCCUGCUGAAGACACGGGAACGCGCACGCUGCACUCCUUACCAAUGUAAGCGCGUCUGCCACUUGAAAACAACCAGCAAACUCGCCGCAGAGGCUCAAGCAAGACCUUGCUCUGGUAAAGCCUCGGUAAAGAGCGUGCGGUGACUUAAAAUGAAAGUUCAUUCAGACGCUGGUUCGCAGACACAAAGUUGCUCCAGCAGUGACGAGGAGGGAUCAAACAGCCUCUGCGAUAACCAGUUUAUCGUUGUCAAGCUUGAAGAUGAAGAUCCAGAAACCGAGAUGGACCUGAGUAUAUUCGCUCCUGUCGAGUCCUCGGAGUGUGAAGAUGAGGAUGAGGAUGAGCUUUCAGACUCAUCCGGCGUGUCUAGCUGGAGAAAGAAGAGCACCAGAGAGCGAGCCUCAGAUAACCAGGAGGAUUCGGCAGCCCUUGAGAAAGUGUCUUCCAGCAGGAGUUUAAAAGGACAGCGAAAGAGCCGACGGACCUCUCUGGCUGAGCAGAGACACAAGCAGAGUCUGGACUGUAGUGCAGCAAACAGGGACAUGAAUGUAGGACUCCUGUCUGAGGAUCACACAUUUCACCGAGCUGUGCCUCCGUCUGAUUCAGCCAGAGGUCCUGCAGAGAUGUCUGGACUCGACACUGGACUCAGCCCUUUAGCUGCCAUGGAGCCUCCUGUAUUUCCAAAUGCACCAGUACAGAGCAAAUCUGUUGUUGGGGAGGAUCAGCAGAAUAUACUACUUGAGGUCCUGAACCAUUGUAGGUUUCUGCAUGCAGCAGUGCAGAGGCUUGAAGAGAAGAUUGACAGACAGAUGUCAAAUGAGUCAUCAUAUGAAAGGAGCUCAGCGAAGCUGAAGAAUGGUUCAAAGCACAAAAGAAAAAUGGAUUCUGCAUUAAAUGAACAAGUUAAUUUUGACAGCCCUAGUGAUAAAGUAUCCCACAUCUCUAAGAGAGGGGCAUCUCUGCCGGCUGAAGAAGGGCAGCUGUCCUGGUCUUUGGCCCAGCGACUCGAUCCACCAGUCCAGAGAAACCCACGCUGGAUCCCUCCCUGGAAACGAGGGCUGGACAGAGCAGACCUUCAGCAGGCUGUCAACAGCAGCCUUCAGUCGGACAAACCUCCUGGCAGUAGACGAGGGAGAGGCAGGGGCAGAGGACGCGGUUGCAGCAGCAGAUCCCAGCGUCACUCUCAAACUCCUGAUCCUGCAUCACUCAUGUCAAAGCCCAGUGGAGAUGAGAUCGUCACUGCAUCAACAGAUGAUCCACAGUUGUGCCAAAUAAUGAAGAACGGCUCUCAGGCUAACACUGGCUCAAAGCGUCAGCAGAAAAGAAAGAAAACCUUGGCUCAGGUGGACAAGGAGAAAAUUGAACUGGAGAAGAUGCCCAACAAUAAAGAGGCCACACUUGAACUUCAGGGUGACAACAAAGUAAUGAUCGGAAGCCCUUUGCGGAAAGUGUGGAUCCCGCUGUCUGUGUACAAGGAGGUGUUUAAGCAGGUGGAUCCCCAGAAGGCUGUAGUGCCUGUGCUUCACGCUCUUUUCCCCAUCAGCACUCUGUCCUGCAGUGCAGUCACAGGAAACCCUGCAAAAGGCAUCCAGCAACUCAACCCCAACAAAAUAGAAGCCCUUCGAGAGUUUCUUGCUGAGAUGUUCCCACAGUUUGAUGUCGGCGUGAGGGGUGUGUCGUGGGCACAGUGUCUUGGAGUGAUAAAUAACAUCACCAAAGACCUCAACAAAAAAGCUGAAAAAAACAUCACAUCUGCCAACAGAGGUUUGUGACACAAGAAGUGAUUGUUCAUACUCCGGAGGAUCUGACACUCAUACUCUGUUCAAUGUGACUUGUGAACCUAAACCUGUUUUAUUCACUUCAGUCAAUCAUCUAAACUGAUACAAUGUCCGUAACUGAAGUGCAAGGCCCUGUUUUGACAACAGCUAUUUUUUGUUUUCUUUUUUUUCUUCUCUCUCUCCUAUAGCUGCUAAGUUUCAGUGGAGAGAAAAAUUUUGAAAACGUAAUAUUAACAAUUAUUUGUUCUUAAUAAAUCCAUAUAUUAACCA